AUGAAUUGUCUGAGGAGACACGUGCUGACAAAGCAAGAUAUUUUAUUGGGAAAGGGCUCCCGGACGGAGAGCAGGAGGGAGGCCUGGAACUCGCAGUGCUCAGAAGACAGGAAAUUCUGCUGCAUCACCAGAAGAGAAAAGCCAUUGCCUUCUGAUGGGCAAACUCACCUUCUGCGCUGCCUGACCAGCGGCCUUUCCUGCUCAGAACACCCUUGCAUGAGCACGGAAGGCACCGCCAGAGACAGUUGCUUCCUGGGAAAAAUAUUUAGAUGGAGGAGAAGAGAUGAUUUUCUCUUCUGA